GUCCACCUCCACGGAGACACACAAGCCACACACCUCUACUCGCACCCCUCCUCCCCACACGGAGUCAUCGCUCACCCAGGAACUAUAAAAAGUCUGGCUCUUGUUGAAGUUUUUCAGUCUCAUCACGAACUCUACCAGACCAUCAUCAUGAAAUUUGUGGCCCUCGCUCUCGCCCUUCUCCUGGCUGUCGGCUCUCAUGCCGCUUCGCUGCAGGCUGAUGCACCAUCCCAGCUGGACCAUGUCCGGGCUGCCAUGGAUGUCUACCUUACUCAGGUGAAGGAAAGUGCCAAGAAAGCCCUGGACCACCUCGAUGACGCCGAGUACAAGGACCUCAAGGACCGUCUGUCUCAGCGCAUCGAGGACAUGCACGUCCAGGUCAAGGCUCUACAGGGUUCCGUUUCCCCCAUCACCGACAGCGUCGUCAGCACCAUCGCCGACGCCACCUCCGACUUCCGCGCCUCCGUCAUGGCCGACAUCGAAGCCCUGAAAGCCGACCUUGCACCCAAGCGCGCCGCGCUGAAGGAGGUCAUCGACAGGCACGUCGACCAGUACCGCACCAUCCUCGAGCCCAUCAUCAGCGAGUACUCCGCCAAGCACUCGGCAGAUAUGGAAGCCCUGAGGGGCAAGAUGCAGCCCAUUGUGGCGGAUCUGCAAAACAAGGUGUCGGUUAAUGUGGAGGAGACCAAGGCCGCCCUGAUCCCCAUCGUGGAGGCUGUGCGCACCAAGCUGUCUGAGCGUCUGGAGCAGCUGAAGACGAUGGUCGGCCCUUACGUCGAGGAAUACAAGGACCAGAUGAGGAGCGCCUACCAGCAGGCACAGGGCGUCAAGGCCGAAGACCUCGCCGCCCUGAGGGAGAAGAUCGCGCCCUUGGCCGAAGACAUCAAGGUCAAGAUGCAAGCCAUCUUCGGCCUCAUCACCGAAUCCAUCCAACACAGCUAAAUCCUCCCCAGUUCCUGUAACUAACCUCACCUACUUUCCAGUCCUAGACCCAGUCCACCAUUCUCUCCAUUCCUUCUUUCCUCGUAAUGCGCAGCCAUACCAUCUCCCGGAACGAAGCCGGUGCCUAACUUGCUGUACUUGUUUGGAACACAAUGGCGGGACUCUUGCUCUAUCCCCGUCUCUCCGAUGCGAACGCCUUUUUUGUUGCGCACACGCUUGAGCACAUGCAAGCAGCAGACACACACGAACUCAGCGCACACACGCUCUACUCUUCGCAUCACACGGCCAACUGCUUACGUUUUGUGUAGGAUUUGUAUGUGAAUAUCCACAAGUGCCUGAAACUCUGUGUAAUGAUGCUUGUCUGAUGAAAACUGUGCUUUGACAAAAUACAGCUGAAUAAACAAAAGACUUGUUUAACUA